AUGUCCUCUAUGAGUGGUAACCCUGAUCUAUUCGAGUACACUUCUGGACGCUUUUUAUUUAACGAAGAGCUCCGUCGCGCUGAACGGCGUAUUCCGUUCGACGUGAAUGCACUUGCAAAGGCGGCCUGUCAUUCUGUCAGUCGACACCUAGACAACAUGACCUCAAUUACAAAACUCGCCGAAGGGUGUUUCAACCGUGUCUUGCAGAUCACUUUCAAUGAUAGAUAUGUAGUGCUUGCAAGACUACCGUACAAAACUGUUCCAAAAUAUCAUGCAGUGGCUAGUGAAGCUGCUACACUAGCACUUUUACGUACUCAUGAUGUCCCAGUACCGAAAGUCCUCGCGUAUUCUCCAGAUCGCACAAACGCUGUCGGAAGCGAGUAUAUCCUACUUGAGAAGAUUGAAGGAAUACCUUUGAGUGAUCAGUGGUUCUCUAUGGAUAACAAAACUCGCGUCAAAGUAAUGAGACAGAUUGUCGAUGUGGAGAGCCGGUUUAUGAGCAUCCACCUCCCAGCAAGCGGAAGUCUUUAUCACAGCCAUGAUCUUCACGAUUCACAGUACUCCAUCCCAGUCUCCGCCGAUAUCGUCGUUGGGCCGACUGCACGGCAUGAAUGGUGGUAUCGAGAACGGGCCUCUCUGGAGGUUGACCGCGGCCCAUGGAAUACCUUUUCCGCAUGCUUCGAAGCACCCGCUAAGCGCGAGAUAGAAUUCUGUGAAAGAUUUGGUAAACCACGUCUACACGUCGAGAGAUACCUACGAGAAAUAUACCAGUUCAAAAAACUUUCACCUAUUCCCUACCAACAUCUCCUUACCGAUUACUUAAAGUUAGCGCCCUACCUCGAUGUCCCAUCCGGUCACCCUAUAUCCCGCCCAACCCUUCGCCAUCCGGACUUUUCACCUAGUAAUAUCCUAUUGAAUACAUCCAACGAUAUCGUAGGGAUUAUUGACUGGCAAUAUGCAGUCAUUCUGCCCCUCGUUCUAUGCGCUGGCAUCCCCGAUCAUUUCCAAAAUUGGGGUGAUCCAGUAUCUAAGACGCUGUCUAAGCCAGAGGUCAAAUUGCCGGACGGUUUUGAUCAACUCGGCCAUGAAGAACAGGAAGCUAUUCAAGAGACGAUGCGGAAACGCCUUGUCCAUUUCUAUUAUGCUGCAUUGACUAUGAAAUCCCUGCCGGAUCAUUUUGACGCUAUCAGAUCCGACAGCUGUAUGCUUCGGGCGAAGCUUUUUCAUCAUGCACAGACUCCCUGGGAAGGAGACUCUGUCUCGUUGAAACAUGCCAUGUUGCAGGUCCUUAAGAGUUGGCCUAUGGCGCUGGAUGGAACACAGACAAGAUCUGUUGAGUGUUCAAUUCGGUUUUCUGAGGAAGAGAUGCAGAAAUGUUCGGAGGAUUAUCGCCAGGAACAGGAAUUGCUACAGGAGCUGGGUGAGAUGAGGGAUGUAAUUGGGACAGAUGCUCUAGGCUGGGUUCCAGGUGGAGAUGAGUUUAAACGGUGCAGGUCCAUUAUCCAGAGUAUCAAGGAUGGUUUGAUGGAACAUUCAAGCACUGAGAUGGAGAAAAAUGCGGUCCGAUCCCAUUUCCCUUUCGAUGAUCAUGAAGAAGAUUCGUGA